AUGCUGCUGCUCUACCCCGCGAUCCCCAGCUUUUCGCGCGCAAGUACCGUCCGACUCUCGACAGCCGGCGACCCUUUUGAGCUGGUAGGGGUGACUCCCGACGCGAGUGCCGCCGAGAUCCGAGCGGCCUACCGCCGGCGCUCCAAAUCGCUGCAUCCUGAUGCUGGGGGCGACCCGACGGCCUUCGCGGCCCUUGUCGAAGCGUACGCGAUGCUGCAGGACGACGAUCAGCGCGCGGCUGCGGCCGCUCAGCGGAGGGACAGCCUCGACUUUGCGUCGAGCAGAGGCCGCGUCUAUGGCGCGAGUGACUCGCUGCGGCAGUCAGCGGCGGAGGUGCAGGACGGGGCGCGGGAGAGGGCGAAGGCUCAGCAGCCCGCGGGGACGGGGGGUGUCCAGCAGCUGCUGGAGAAGCGGCUGGGAAAGGGUGCCUUCCGUGCGAUUGUGAUCUGCUCGGGCGUGCUCUGCUACCCGCUCAUGGCGUGUGACGCCGGAGAGGGUUCCUUGCCGUUUUCGAUGUUGGUUCAUGAGUAA